CACACCUAGUCCACCAUUAGCAACAAUGGCGAUGCUCCUGGGCCGGGCUGCUUUGAUCCUCUUCUUCUCAGCUUUCUUCUUCCUCGCCGGCAGUGGUGGGGCUGCAGCUCAGGGCAACCCCGACUACAGAGAAGCACUGACUAAGGCCCUACUCUUCUUCCAGGGCCAGAGGUCCGGCAGACUUCCCGCCGGCCAGCAGCAGCUCACUUGGCGGUCCAACUCCGGACUUUCCGAUGGCUUACUCGCUCACGUGGAUUUGAAGGGAGGGUAUUACGACGCCGGCGACAACGUGAAAUUCAACUUCCCGAUGGCGUUCACCACCACCAUGCUCUCCUGGAGCACGCUGGAGUACGGAAAGAGCAUGGGCCCGGAACUUCAGAACGCCAGGGCAGCAAUCAGGUGGGCCACCGACUACCUCGUCAAGUGCGCCACCGCCACCCCCGGCAAGCUCUACGUCGGCGUAGGCGACCCCAACGCCGACCACCGCUGCUGGGAGCGCCCGGAGGACAUGGACACCGUCCGCAGCGUCUACUCCGUCUCCCCAAGCAACCCCGGGUCCGACGUCGCCGGCGAGACCGCGGCCGCGCUCGCGGCGGCGUCCAUCGUGUUCCGCCGCGUCGACCCCAAGUACUCGGCGCUGCUCCUGAGGACAGCGAAGAGUGUGAUGCAGUUCGCGAUGCAGUACAGAGGCGCGUACAGCGACUCCCUCGGACCCGCUGUGUGCCCAUUUUAUUGCUCCUAUUCCGGAUACAAGGAUGAGUUGGUGUGGGGAGCAACAUGGCUGUUUAGAGCAACAAAGGAUAAAUCUUACUUGAACUUCAUACAGUCCUUGGGAGCAAAUGAUGGACCAGACAUAUUCAGCUGGGACAACAAAUUUGCUGGAGCUUAUGUCCUCUUAUCAAGGACGGCUUUACUGGGCAGAGACGAGCGCUUUGAACAAUUCAACCAACAAGCUGAAAAUUUCAUGUGUCGGAUUUUGCCCAACUCUCCUUCCACAACCACACAAUACACCCAAGGAGGGCUUAUGUUCAAACUUCCUCAAAGCAAUCUUCAGUAUGUGACAUCCAUAACUUUCCUGCUCUCCACCUACUCCAAGUACAUGAGUGCAACUAAGCACACCUUUAAUUGUGGCAACCUCCUUGUCACUUCACAAACCCUACGAGGUCUUGCAAAGCGCCAAGUGGACUACAUUUUAGGGGAAAACCCUUUGAAGUUAUCCUACAUGGUAGGGUAUGGAAAGUAUUUUCCACAGAAAAUCCAUCAUAGAGGGUCAUCCUUGCCAUCCAUGGCAAGCCAUCCACAGGCCAUCGGAUGCGACGGAGGGUUCCAACCAUUCUUCUACACAUCAAACCCUAACCCUAAUGUCCUAACAGGAGCCAUUGUUGGGGGACCCAACCAGAAUGACGGGUACAGUGAUGAUCGAGCAGACUACAGUCACUCGGAGCCCGCCACUUACAUUAAUGCUGCUAUGGUUGGACCUCUAGCUUACUUGGCGAGGAGCUAUCAUAUUUAAUUAUAGUGGGGUCUUGAUUUAGUUAAUACUAAUUGUACAUAUUUCCCCACCUUUCAAUACAAAAAGGUGUGUUGUCUAGCAUCGUAUUAAGUGAAAUCGAUGUUAGACAUAUUUUUAAAUUUAAGUAACUUAAUUCAAUGAAACAUUUUACUAUCUUUUU